GCCUGAAGGAAGAAACUCUCCUUCCACUUUCUUUUCUUCUUCUUCAUUUGAUAUUUUUUUGUGUGUGUUUUAUCUUAAACUAAAAAACAGCAUAUAAUAAUAUUGAUAAUAAUGAUGAUGAUGAUAAGUGCAUCUAACAUAUAACGACACACAGAGAGAGAGAGAUAUGGAUGCAGCAGCAGCAGCAGCAUGAUCUUAUUAUUAUAUUAUUACAAGUCCAUAACUGAAAAGAGAGAGGGAGGCAGAGGCUAAUUCACAGGCGAGGCGUCAAAAGGGAAUUCUACCAAUGGAUAAAGGAAUUGUUAUUCAACAAGAGCCAAGUAGCAAGAGUUGGGCUGCUUCUUUCUUUGUCCAAACAACCGAUGACGUCUCCAGAGGAGGAGGAGCUGUUGUUACUUCACCACGACCCUCUGCCGUUUUCUCCUCAAAAGGAGACACUGGUAGCCCUCUUCAGAAGUUCCAAAAUCAGGUUUUCAGAGUAUUGAAAGGCUUAUCUCCUCCGCUUGAGGACAAAACCAGAACCUAUAAUCCAGAAGUAUUAACUAGUCAAAAACGUCAAUGGGCAAGCUUUCAGUUGCAGGCCCUGCAUCAGAGGAUAUUGAAAGAACCAUCGAGGCUCUUCGAGAGCAUGGUAGUGGUUGGAUUGCAUCCAAAUAGUGACAUUCAGGCACUUCAGAGGCAGUAUUUUGGUAGAAGACCUGAAGGUCCAGGGAGGCUGCGAAGUGCACUUAGUGGUCAGCAUCAGUUCCGUGUAGAACCGAAUCUCGAGCCUCAGGUGCUUUUUGUGUAUCCACCGGACAAACAGCUUCCCCUACGGUCUAAGGAUCUUCUUUCAUUCUGCUUUCCUGGUGGAUUAGAGGUUCACACAGUUGAGAGAACGCCAUCAAUGAGUGAACUGAAUGAAAUACUUCUUGGACAGGAGCACCUUAAACAAAAUGAUCAAUCCUUCGUAUUCAGGUUGCAGGGUGCAGAUGAUUCAAUUUUGUAUGGUUGCUGUGUUCUAGUUGAUGAGUUGGUGCAACAACCUUCUAGGUUAAUUUCUAUGAUGGGAGAUGGACAAUUUUUGUCUGCGAGUCGGCAUAUUCUAACAACUCGCCGGUGUUACUGCAUUCUCUCCAGGCUUCCAUUUUUUGAACUGCAUUUUGGCGUGUUGAACAGCAUUUUCAUUGAAGAAAGGUUGGAACGUUUAACAAAAAGUAUCAGCGACUUAGAUUUGGAAUUACCGUUUGAUAAUGAAAUAUAUCUAGAGGACAAAAUGAGUGGUGUUUCGGCUGAAUAUGAAGCACAGGAAACGCUUAAUGUAACCACAGAAACUGUCCAAUCAAGCAGGAUCAGUUCUAUAACUGAAACAGCAAUAGACGAGCAUCUUUCAUUAAAGAAAGAAUGUGUAGCUGUUGAGGCAACAUCUAAAAGUUGUGAUGGUUUUAUUAUUGAUAUUGGUUUCAACAAACAACCUACUCAAAAGCACAUACCGGAUGCAAUCUUACCCUUUCUUCGUUAUCAACAGUAUGAUAGUUCUGACUCUUCAUCAAGUUUCCAGGGGUCUCCCAGUGAAGAUCGGAACUUUAGGAGCGACAUUGAUUCAGCAGAGACAGGAGAGGCAUCUUUUUCCGGUCAAGAAGAUAACAAGCAUGACGGGAUUCUUGAUUGGGCUAAGACCAAUAACCAUGGAUCAUUGCAGAUUAUAUGCAAGUAUAAUCAUUUAUGUGUCCCCCCUAGAGGCUCGACAAUCAAGUUCCACCCCCUGGAUCACCUUCAUCCUUUGGAAUUUCAGAGGCCAGAUGAAACAGUUUUACACAUUUCUGGCUCAUCAGUUGAUUUGAUGUCAUGUAGCACAAGUUUUGAACUGGCAGAGGCUCACAGGGCACUUGCUGUGGAGGAGGAAGCAACGGUUUUAUCAGUAUGGGCAAUUUCAUCGUUAUGUGGGUCCCUGCGUCUUGAGCAUGUAUUGACAAUAUUUACUGGUGCUCUGCUGGAGAAGCAAAUUGUGUUUGUGUGCUCUAAUCUGGGAAUAUUGUCUGCUUCAGUGUUGUCAAUUAUUCCUCUGAUUCGUCCCUACCAGUGGCAGAGCUUCUUUAUGCCGGUUUUGCCUAAUGACAUGCUGGACUUUUUGGAUGCACCUGUUCCUUUUAUAGUUGGUGUGAAGAGCAAAACUGCCGAAGUACAAUCCAAGUCAGGAAACAUAAUACUUGUUGAUACAAACAAGAACCAGGUCAAAUCAUCAUCAAUACCACAUUUUCCGCAGUACAAAGAGUUAUAUGCUGCCUUGACUCCAUAUCAUGCUCAGCUUGUGGGAGAAAGUUACUUAGGGAGAAGACGACCGGUCUAUGAUUGCACAGAUGUGCAGGUGGAAGCUGCAAAGGGAUUUCUCAGAGUAUUGCGAUGUUACUUGGAUUCACUCUGCUCUAACCUGCGUUCUCAUACUAUUACAAAUGUUCAGUCCAAUGAUGAUAAGGUAUCAUUGCUUUUGAAGGAAAGUUUCAUCGAGUCUUUUCCUAGCCGCGAUCGGCCAUUUAUGAAGCUGUUUGUGGACACACAACUCUUCUCUGUACAUACAGACCUGGUGUUAUCUCUUUUUCAAAAGGAUUAGCAGCUGUGGAAGUUUGACGUUGUAAGGUGUAGUUAUAUAGGUUGAGCGCAAGUUGUAUAAGUUAUAAUAGCUGUCAUGGGAUCAAGUAUAUUAUAAGUGGUUUUUAUGUUGUGCAAUGUAUGCAUGCAAGUUGCUUCCCUUGUCCCAUUUCAUUUCACAUGGCUAUAUGAAAGGAGUGACGACGUAUUAUGAUGAUGUUGGGGAUCCUUCAUAAGCAUCAGGAGCAUUGUUUAGAUUUUCAGAGCAAUAAACUAGUUUGUACGCAAUGUAAGAAAUCAUAUUUUAUUGUUGUAGUACUUGACUUGUAAUCGUGGGGAUUUAUAGGUUGGGAGCAUAAUGUUUAGCAUGUUUUCAUA